CGUCCGCUCGUCCGCUAGUCUGCCCGUGCGGCUUGCACAGCGAGGUCUACGGUUAAAACUCGAGAGCACGUAGUUUAUUGUUUUCUCUCACAAAAAUUUGUAACUCCUCCGCCGGAUUAUAAUUUUGCGCCGACACCGUUGGCGGCUGCGGCGGCGGCUGCCGGCAUCGUCCUUUUCAUCGUCCUCGCCAUCGUCGCUCGAGAGAGAGAGAGACAAACCGUUUGGGUUCUUUUUUGGCGUCGGCUUCGACGACGUUGGCCCCCGCGCGCCGUCUCGCCAGCGAUGUCGGUGGUGGCCACGCCGGGGGGCCUCGUGCCGGGCCUCUUCCAAGGAGUCGUCUCGGACCGCCCGUCUCCGCUGUCUUCGCGAGAGAACAGCCCCCCGGCCAUGCUGCCCAAGGCGUCCGAUUUGCACUGCGAUUUGUUCCCGGUGGGCCGCGCCAUGGACUCGCUGCACGGGCACUCGAUGGUGGGACACAGAGUCGGCGAGGGGCACAAGGUGCGCGAGUUCCCCUACGAGGAGGAGCUGGACGAGCUGUGCCCGGUGUGCGGGGACAAAGUGUCGGGGUACCACUACGGCCUGCUCACCUGCGAGAGCUGCAAGGGCUUCUUCAAGCGCACGGUGCAGAACAACAAGCGCUACACGUGCAUCGAGAGCCAGAGCUGCCCCAUCGACAAGACGCAGCGCAAGCGCUGCCCCUACUGCCGCUUCCAGAAGUGUCUCAGCGUGGGCAUGAAGCUGGAAGCCGUGCGAGCCGACCGCAUGCGCGGCGGGAGGAACAAGUUCGGCCCCAUGUACAAGCGCGACCGGGCCCUCAAGCAGCAGAAGAAGGCGAUCAUCCGUGCCACGAGCGGCCCUGGCAUCCUCAAGAUGGAGACGUCGCCGGAGCAGGCCAACCACCACCUACCGCCAGCUGCACCACCACCAGAACCACAACCACCACCAGCACCACCAGCACCACCAGCACCACCACCACCACCAGCAGCAACAGCAGCAGCAGCAGCAGCACCACAACCACCACCAGCACCACACCAGCACCACCACCACCAGCACGAUGACUUUGAGCAGUCGGCGAGCGUGACGCCGCUGUCGUACGGCCACGGCUCGGCGCGGUGCGGCUACGCUUUCCCGGCGGUGGCGGCGGCGCCCCCGUCGGCCGGCCCGCAGUCGGAGUUCGAGCACCGGGGUCAGUUCACGGAGUCGCCGGGCGGCGUGCCGCUGCCGUGCUCCUAUCCCGCGGCGUACGUCAGCCGCGGCAUCAAGUCGGAGCACGGUGACCCGUACGCCGACGGCUCGCCGGACGCGUACCUGUCGUCGGGCGUGCCCGGCUACUCGCCGAUAGAGCGCCACGCCGACCCGUACGGCGUACACGACCACGCCGCCGACUCGCCCGUCUACCCGGUCCUGCGCGUCUCGCCGGGCUGCGCCGGGCUGGCUGCGUCGCCCGCCUACCCGGGCGCCACGGUGUCGCCGUCCUACCCCGGCGUCGGCGCUUCCCCCGGCUACCCGAGCGCGGCGGGGAGCGGCGCUUCACCGCUGCUGGCGCCACCGCUGCCGGCGCCGCGGGCGCCGCCGCCGGACGCCGCGGUGCCGCAGUUGCUCGCCGAGCUGAUGCGGUGCGAGCCGGACGAGGAGACGACGCGGGCGCGCGUCACAGCGCAGCUGCAGCAGGACGAGUGGGGAGUCGGCGGCGGGGUCGGCGGAGGAGUCGCGGGUUUGGGGCCUGGCGCCGGCUGUCUCAACGCCUUCGCCGGGGCGGGCGCCGUCGGCCGGGCGCGGCACGCGGGCGCGGGGUUGGCGUCGCACCACCACCACCACCACCUGCCCCGCGCCGACCACCCCUCGGCGUUCGCCCUCAUGUGCAAGAUGGCCGACCAGACGCUGUUCACGCUGGUCGAGUGGGCGAGGAGCAGUGUCUUCUUCCGCGAGUUGAAGGUGGACGAUCAGAUGAAGCUGCUGCAGAACUGUUGGAGCGACCUGCUGGUGAUGGACCACAUCCAGCGGCAGGUGCAGCACGGCACGGAUGGCGCCGUCCUCCUGGUCACGGGGCAGCAGGUGGACCUGUUCUCGGUGUCGGCGCACGCCAGCGAGGGGCUGCAGUCGCUGCUGUGCCGCGCCCAGGAGCUCGUCUCCAAGCUGCGCUCGCUCCACGUCGACAGCCACGAGUUCGUCUGCCUCAAGUACCUGCUGCUCUUCAACCCCGACGUCAAGUUCCUCGAGAACCAGGCGCUGGUGGAGAACGUGCAGGAGCAGGUGAACGCCGCUCUGCUCGAGUACACGCUGUGCCGCGCCGCUCAGCCCCCGUCGCACCACCACCAGCACCAGCACCAGCAGCACGGGGACAAGUUCGCGCAGCUGCUCCUGCGCCUGCCGGAGAUCCGCUCCAUGAGCAUCCAGGCCGAGGACUACCUCUACUGCAAGCACGUGAACGGCGAGGUCCCGUGCAACAACCUGCUCAUCGAGAUGCUGCACGCCAAGCAGGCGUGAACGACGCCCCCCCCCACCCCGCACCCCCGCCGCCCUCUGCGCGGUAGUGGCCCCCCUCUGGCCGCCGCCCCCCCCCCACUCGCGCCGUCGUUUGCUCUCCCUGCCACCCCCGCACGCCGGACGGGGGGACCCGUCGGCUCGUGGCCGGGGAAAGAUGGAGAGCCGCCAGCGUCGAGAUUCAUCCGGAUGGCGGUGCUGAGACAGUGGUGGUGGCGUCGUCAUCGUCUGACGAUGACGAUGAAGGCGGCUGCGUGGGAGAUGUCUCGGAGUAUGCCCCGCGGCGGGCGCCACGGCAGAGUCGCGCUUGGCGAGCGUCGUUUGGUUUUCGCUCUGUGAGGACGUCGCUUCUGCCGAGGGGGGAAGGCCCCCUGGGAGAAGGUGGCGGUGCUGCAGAGUCCUCUGGCAAGGGGGAUGGAAUGUGACUUGAAUUGGGUAUCCCGGGAGCAGCAGUGCCACGUCACACAGUCUGCCCGCGGAGGCGGAUGUCAUUCACAUUUUUGUUUUUUUUUCCCCUUUAAAGCCUUCGUUCGCCAUUUCAGUUUUUCGGUUGUCGCUCGAAGUUUUGCAUCUGUCGGUGAGACCGCGUUGGCCUCGGCUGUGAAGAACUUUCACUCGUGAAGCUUUCUUUUGUUUUCUUAGUCUCGCUGAAACGUAUUCGAAUGGAUAGCUGGAUUUAACAAAUAUGUACAUGUGGAUACGUUGACCCGUGACGUUGAGAAGGACUGCACAGCUGCUUCUGCUGCUGUUGCUGCCGAGAGGCACCGGCUGAUCGUUUCACAAAUUUGUUUGUUUGAACAAAAGAGAGAAAUACACUGCCAAUACAACCACCAAAGGUCCAGAGGCGUCAACCAAUGCCUCGACGAUGAUGAUGAUAGCCGUAGCGGAUAACUAUUGCCGAUUAGUGUUACUCAAGAAUAUAAAAGCACAUGGCAUUUAGUUAAAAGUAUUUUUUUCCAUUAAAGAUGCCAAGUGUGGGGUGAGCAACGACUGCAAGCUUAUCCUCAACACAAGCCGAUUGUUUUUGUUGUUCGCAAAAACUCGUCUAUCUAUGGAUAGGUUAAAGGCGUAGCCCAUGCAAGCGCUUGCUCACACCACUGCUGCUGGAAGGGGCCUCCACUAGACGGAGCUCCAGAGAGAGCCCCUCUCGAGUAUAUUUGGCCUACUCUUCCACGCCGGCCGGACGUCUUUGGAAGAGGUGCGAGCGACCGCAAAUUUACCCCACCGCACGCGCACCUGCCGAUCGACCGACCGACUUAUUUAUGUCGUUGCAAAAAGAAAACAAUCCUCCCCCCCCCCAACACACGGAUUGGGUGCUCUGACUGUCGUUUGAUCUCCUCCGUGCGUCUUAUUGCAACGCGCUCUCAAGCACAGGCGCACGCGCAGCGACGGACGGCCCACGGAAUAGGUACGGUAACAUGUGGGGCUCCCUGUCAACUUUGCUCCGGAGAGAGAGACGUUGACGCCGCUCGCGUUGGCGCUGGGGGGACGCGCCGGAGGUGGGGGGGGUGAGCGGCCAAGUCUCGGCGCGAGCGAAUGUAGCGAGGCGAUGAGACGAUCAACGCGGCGGCGCUGCCGACUCGGAGCGACGAAUCGCGGGCUGCUGUUGCUGCUGUUGCUGCUGUUGCUGCUGUUGCUGCUGUUGCUGCUGUUGCUGCUGUUGCUUCUGUCGCUGCUGCCGCUGCUGCUGCUGCCGCUGCAGUGUCCCGACUAAACCGUUGUGUUUGCUCAUACGCCGCGGGGGGAACUCGAGAAUUUGCGACGUCCAAAGCGGUUGUUGAGUUUUCGAAGUCAAGUUGUUCACCUGGGGCGAUGCUUUUUACAGUCACAAAACUCAUUAAAUCGCCAUCAUCAUCAUCAUUUAGCAGUAGCCAUGAUCAAUCCACUGCUGGAUGAAUGCCUCCAACAAGACGUCGGGCCGUCUUAAUGGUCCCGCGAUGCGACAAAUCCACGUGGCAACAUGCACGGAGCGGCGAGGAUGAGGCGACUUCGGAGUAACAGCUGAUUGCCACGGCGCAGGGUCCUCGUCCUCCUCGACACGGCAAACGUCGUCCGUAAGGAGGCAGCUCGUCCUGCUGGAGUGGGAAAGGGAUGUAUGGAUACUCAUACUUUGUAUCGCCCCCCCCCCCCCCACUAUCUGCAGGCAAAUCGGCGUGCCAGCCGCCUAACCAAGUUGCGUCGUCCCCUUUUGCCUCUCAAUGGCCAAAGAUAAUAAUCGUCUGAAAUGAAAGCUUGCCCCAGAAUUCAGCUGCCUUUUGGCCAGGAAUCAAAACCCGGCACCUUUGAACCUCAAGUCUAACGUGCCGACCGUUGACCCGUGGCAGUGACUCCCCGUGGUCUUUCCAGUUUGGCUGCGAAUAUCACAAUUCGGGGUGUGUGUCGACGAAAAAAUUUUUAAACAAGAUUUAGUGUGGGUUAGAAAUGGAAGGCAUCUCACCAAAUGCAUCUCGAGUGUUUUUUUUUUAAAGCAAGAAGUGGCAUUCUAGGGCACAUCCCUAAGUUACGUGUGUGGAACAAUCGGUUGCGACACGCGCGACAGCUCGAGUGUCGACGCGCGAUCGUGCCGUGGCGUUUUUUUCCGUCGCGGUUUCUUUACUUUUGUUGUCUGUCGUUAAUGUUUCGAAGCCACCGAAAACAAAUCAUUCACUGUCCACGUGAAGUCGAUCCUUUAUUUAUUUACAACGCGAAGAGUCACUUGUGUUGGUGAAUAGCGCUUGAUUGACAAAAAAAAUUCACUUUCAGUAUCCGCCGCAUCGAUGGGAUCGUGCGUUUUCUGUAAAAAAACAAAAAAACCCACUUACGACUGCGCAAUUUACGCCAAAGCACUGAUUCAAAUUGCUCUUAACAGACCCGCUGCAUCUUCUCAGAUACGCCGCGUAUUAGGCCAGGCCAGGGGAGAGUGUUUCCUUCGCUGAAGGAGAGAGAUGCCCCAACGUCUUUGGCGUAGUCUCCAGCCAGUCGAACGUUACGUACAUACGUAACAUAACGGUGAACCUCUUUCGCACCGUAUGUGGCCGAUUGCGCUAUUCGCGAGAUAGCCAGUUUAAUUCGGCAGCCUAAUUGCGGCCUCUCUACAUCCCUCGCAAGUCGAUGCGGCCGUUAGCGCAGUGUGUGGAGCGAGCAGAUGUUGGCGUGAGACGACGCUGCACACAAGAGCGCCGCAGUCGUGCGGGAUGGGUGGUGUGGCCGCCCGAUGAAUGUUUUAGGGUUGUGCCGCGCGUUGUUCUGCACGACGUUUCGCUUUCACGUAGCCGGGAGCGUCUUCAGGAAGCCUAAAUGUCCCGCGAGAAAUUUCAGCUUGUGAAGAAAAGCUCUUGGCGCGUGGAGCGAAACGUCGGACGUGCGGCGCAACCCGAAGGCGAAUCGGGGGAGCUGCACGGAAGCACAACCGCUAGAAACUGACGCGGCCGUCAUGAGUGGCGUGUUUCCCUCUUGUCAGUCUUACACACACAGGCCAAAACGUUUGUCGAGAAUGUCGUUUUAAUUGUUGCUUUCAAUGCCAUGCAUUGUUGUUUCUCUGUUUCUCCGUGUGUUUUUGUUUAUGUUGAGCUCCGAGUCCUUUUCGUUUUAACGUCAAGCGUAAAUGCGUACCAACUCCGAGUUUGUAUGUAUGUUGAACUUCUUUCGCACAGUACAUAGCUAACCGUGCUAAUCGGAGGUGCGGGGGAAGGACUACAUUUUAAUCACAAAAAGCAGUUCUAAAGAAGUGAGUUUUCAAUCUAUAUUUUAAAGUGCAUAUAGCUCCAGUGGCUUCCUGACAUCGGAAGGUAGAGCGUUCCAGACGGCCGCAGAAGCGCACCUGAAAGCGCGCGAUACGGUGACCGUCUUUGUUCGAUGGCCAGACAAUAGCCGCCACUGCGAGGAUGACCACCGGAGUUCCUGUCAUGGUUUAGCUCCUUAAACUCAAAACUAAGAAUUUUUUUUUUCUUUUGCCAGUUAAGGCCCACUGAGCUAUUCAGCUCUUUUUAGAAGCGACCUAGCCACAGCUCAACCAAGUGGCUUAUCAAGUGUAAAUUUAUAGCGACCAAAUACUCUUCUAAAUGUGGAGGGAAAAACCGGAGGACCCGGAGAAAAAUCCACGCGACCACGAGGGAGAGAGAGAGAGAGAGAAAACAUGCGAACGCCAAAUAUACAGCAGCAGGCAUCAGGUUUGGGAUCGAACCCACGACCUCCUGCAUACCAGGCGACGUAGUCAACAUCUGGCCACCGCUGCGCCCUUUGAGAGGAGUGUCGGACGUGGCGGAAGGCGAUGCAUCGAGUGAAGCUUUACCGCCUGUCAACGUGGCUGG